AUGCCGUCCUCUUACGCACAAAAGGGCGACCCAGCCUCCAUCGUCGGCGGCAAUGACACAAUUCCGGCGAACCCGACGGCGUUGGCCGACAUUGAGGUAACGAUUGUGGAAAUACCAGAUUUAAAUGCUGCUGAAAAAGUUGAUUCAGUGCAAUGCAUCCAAACUGUUCGACGAAAUGACGCUAAAGGAUUCAACCCAAAUUUCAAGAGGCUAGAGGAGAUUGUGCAGAAACUUGAUAAAGUUCCAGUUGAGGUCUUUUUGACGUGUACACAUCUGGCAAUAGUGAUGGAAUAUGCUAUAGGAGGAGUCAGCUACUGUCAGUUCAUGCAAAUAUGCCCCAAGGAUCUCAAGUUAGAAAACACAUCAUUGGAUGAUAGUAUUGUACCAAGGCUAAAGAUAUGUGACUUUGGUAACCGAACGAAGGAUGCAUUGCUGAGCCCAGAAUAUGGGUUGGAGCCUGACGAGAUUACUUGCUUGCUCCUGCUUCAGGCAUGUGCCCACUUGGGCUCUCUUAAUUUUGGUGAGCGCGUGCAUAGAUAUGUUGAGGAACAUGGAUAUGGAAACCUUCUCAAGAUUAGGAAUUCUCUAUUUGUAAUGUACUCAAGGAGUGGAUCUAUGGAGAAGGCUUAUAGAGUGUUCUGUGAUACAUCUGAGAAGAAUGUUGUUACUUGGAGUUCAAUAAUUUCAGGGCUGGCAAUGAACGGCUGUGGAAGAGAAGCUAUCAAUGCUUUCAAAGAGAUGCAGAGGGAGGGUGUUGCUCCUGAUGAACAAGCGUUUACUGGGACUCUCUCAGCUUGCAGUCACAGUGGGUUAGUUGAUGAAGGGAUUAGUCUAUUUGACUUGAUGAGGUUUGAUUAUGGAUUUACUCCUAAUGUUUGUCAUUACGGAUGUAUGGUCAAUCUUUUAGGCCGUGCUGGCUUGCUUGAUCGUGCCUACAAUUUUGUAGUCAAUGAAAUGAUAGUUCUUCCAGAUGCUACAAUUUGGAGGACUUUGCUUGGGGCUUGUAGAAUCCAUAAAUAUGUUGGGCUCGGUGAACGUGUUAUUGAGCACCUGAUUGAGUUGAAAGCUCAGCAAGCUGGGGAUUAUGUCUUUUUACUCAAUAUCUAUGCUUCUGCAGGUCAUUGGAAUAAGGUCGCUGAUGUAAGGAAGAAAAAGAGAGAAAUUCAAACAAAUCCUGGUUGCACUACGAUGGAACUGAAUGGAAAAAUUCAUGAGUUUGUUGCGGAUGAUGGCUCUCAUCCAAGGAAGGAAGAAAUCUAUGCAAAGAGCUUAAAAGAUCAUAAUGUUUCAAUAACUGUGGCUGAUGCUCAAUUUUGUAAGCCUCUUCAUGUGGUAAUUUUAAAACCCGCAUUCAAAGUCUUCGAUCCGGGAAUCUGCCUUCUUUGUCAAUAA